AUGCGACCGUUCCCAGGGGAUGGUCCGCCACCGCGACGGAGCCCGCGAGGGGCUGAUCUCGAGCCCCCGACUGCAUUCCACCACCCCGCCGCUGGCCACCAGCAGCAAAUAACUUCUUACUUCAUCGGCGGCGAGGACGCCGUCGACGCGGCCCUGCAGCAGUCCCUAGCGAGCUUCACAGCCGGUAGCCGUGAUUAUCGCAAGGCGGGGUCGGCCGACGCGGAACCCAGCAACCCGGCCAAGCACACCGCACAAAGUGACCGUGAAUCCAUCUCGACAUUGGACCCCGCAGAUGCUGACGAUAUUUCCUUGAUGUCUGAUACUGCCCCGAGCAGGCUGAACUUGCCGGACCCCACGAGUAACCUCUCGCAGCCGAUGACCCCCUUGAUGCUGGCCACACCGGGAUCCCCAUCGGCCAUCAGUGACUCGAUGAGUGCGUCGUUCUCGGAGGAGAUAGCAAGCCAGGCUCUCAGCUUGAGCCAGGACCUGGAGGCCAUGGAGACCUCGGAGAUGAUGGACAGCGGCAGCGCUCCCCAGCUUGUCAUGCCCUCUAUUAAGAUGCCCAGCCGGCGGCCAUUCACCGACGGAGGGAGACGUAUAGGGAGGCUCAAGGUGCUCGUGGCUGGAGACUCCGGCGUCGGCAAGACAUCGCUCAUCAAGGCCCUGGUCCAGUCCUGCGAACACAUUGUACACGUCGAUCCGAUCGCGCCCCAGUCAACGGCACUGCUUGGUCAGAAUUCCAGCCCCCGACGUGGGAGAUCCAAAUCUUCCAGGAACAACACGCGGACAACCGAAAUAGCAGAGAUAUUUGCGAGCACGAAGCCCUACCCAGAAUGGUGGUCGGAUCUGGACGAUUUUCAACUGCUUAAACGUCGGAAGAGUGUCGAUGAUACCAUCUUAGACAGGAACAUUUGCUUUAUUGAUACCCCAGGUUAUAGUGACGGCGCUUCUAGCAUGGAGAGCAUUACUCCCGUAAUCCGUUAUGUUGAAUCGCACUUCGAGAAAGUGCAGUCGAAUGCAUCGCCCGACGCUGAAAUGCUAAACAUGCUCGAGCUCAAGCCGGCCGACAUUAAAUACCUGCAACUAUUAGCAUCCCUGACGAACGUUAUCCCGCUUGUCGCCAAGGCCGAUAAUAUGACGCCCGAAGACGUUGCACAAAGCAAGGCUCAGAUCAGAAGCGAGCUGAUGGAGGCAGGAGUACGACCCUUCUCGUUCACAGUGUCUUCGGCGGGAAUUUUUGGUGAUACCGAACCGAAGUAUCCGUAUGCCGUCUCGAGCACUCCUGGGUCAGACCACGAUAUUAUGGACGCAAGUUUGUUGAUGAGUCCGGACUACGUCCAGCCUCUCAUGCAAUCGGAGCUUGCAGCUGUGGUGGACCAAGUCUUUUGCGAGAACGGAGCAUCCUGGCUGAGGCACGCUGCGGCCAAGAAAUUCAUCCAGUGGAAAAACGCGGACAACCCGUCGAGGCCAAGGGCACUCUACAAACCAAUGGGCCUGCCAGGAAGCCCUUCCAUGCCAUUGGUAACUGCGGGAACGUUUUCCUCACCAGUGGGAGCAACCUCGCAGUACUCUCUGGCUCGGAUUGCCGACCACACGCAAAGAGAAGAGCGGCUGGCCCAGAUACGCCUUGCCAACUGGGCGUCGGAGCUACAGAGGAGCCUGGCAAACGAGCGGGCCCGUUACGACGCACUGGCGCGCGGGGAGAGGGCCAUCUGGCUGACAGAGAAGCUUCACGAAUGCGUGCAAGAUGGGGAGCUUGUCCCCUUCGCAGGCCGGGACCGCAGCGAUUCCCGGCUGGGCGAAAAGACGAGGCGGCGAUCUGGCCGCGGCCGUUACCACAGCACUUCGACCACGCAAAGCCAGGACCCGCUUGGGCUGCUCCGUGUGGCUGCUCGGGUGAAGGCAAACGGAUGGAUUGCACUUGAGGUACUUGGUGGCGUGGGAAUCCUUGGAGGGGCAGCUGUGUGGCUUUCUGGACAGGAGUGGCCGGCCAUUGGAUGGGCCGUUGACCAGUGGUCCGCGUUCUGGGGUGGUGAGAGGUGA